CCACAGCGCGCAUGCCCAGUUGAACAGGAAGCGGGGUGUGCUAAUUGUCUGGCUCCGGACGCCGGCGCUGGGUGAGCGCGUUUCCGGCCCGUGCCUGGCUGUGCCGGGAUGUCGGACCAGGGCCUGGCCGGUGGCGGGGCGGACUCGGGGCUCGAUGCGGCCUUGAGCAAAGUGGGGGCCUCGGUGCGGUCCCGGCGGAAGCUGCCCACGGCGGAGGAGGCGGAGCUGUUCGAGCUGGCGCAGGCGGCCGGGAUCGGCCUCGACCCGGAAGUGUUCAGGCUCCUGCUGGACCUGCUGCGGAUGAACGUGGCGCCCCUGGCCGUGUUCCAGAUGCUGAAGUCCAUGUGCGCCGGGCAGAGACUGGCUCCCAGCGGCCCCGCCGAGACCGGCCCCGAGACGAGAGAGGUCUCAUUUCUCUCUGCCAAGAACAGUAAAAUCCCUGCACCACUCUCCUUUUCCUCUGCCCUUCGAUCUCCAAGACUAACAGCCCCUAAGAUUGUGGUCUACAGUCCUGCUGAUGCUUGCUCGCCUCUCUCUCAAGGUCCCCCUCGUUCCUUCCAGUUUUCUUGCUGCCUGUUCUCUCCUUUUGCAGGUUGUGUUUAUUAGUUUACCUACUGGGGUUGGUGCAGUCUGUUAGGACAUUAAGAAUCACACUUGCAUUGUGAGUCCUUUAAGUUUAGACUAAAAGAACUAGUGUACCCUCUAAACAAUACAUACUAAUGUUAACAAACGGUCAGGAAUGGGUAAUUUUAAAAAUAAUUAAAACUUACAGGUUAAAAAUAAAAUGUAAAUCUUACUUUAAAAACGAAAACUGAUUCACUUUGCUGUUGAAUUAAGAGACUGAAAUCUAUUGUGAAAAAUUCUUUCUCUGUCUUAGACUAAAUGCCAUAUGCAUAAACAACCAAGAGAAGUAAGUUUAGGAAUUACAUAUUGUGGCCCAGAACCUGCAGACAAUUGCGUGAGGGUGGGCUGCUUUGCCCACUCAGAGCUUCCCUGAAGGCUGUCCAUUCUUAAUGAAUUGCAGGAUUGGAACCUAAGAACUUCCUGUGCAUGGUGGAUAUUUUUGUCAAGGUUUUUUAUCAGUGACUUUUUAUAAACUCAAACUGGUGCGUGCACUCUACAGGAGAGCUUGUGUGGAGGUGACUCACUACGAAGACAAAUAAUGCUCGAAUUUAUAUCGCUCAUAUGGAUUGGCCAUUAGGCUUAAGGCUUGCAAACCCCUGUUUCCAUUUAAGGCCUGUGUUUUCUGAUUUCUAUGUGUGUUUCAGAAAGUUAUCUUUUUGGUUUGAAGUUUUCCAUUCUUCUGUUUCUAGUAAAUUGUCUUUGGAAGCUUGAGUAAAAUCCCUUUAGCUGUUUUUGAGUGGGGAUGGGGUGAGUUCUGUCACUCUGUCUUAAAAACUAAACUUUAAAGAUUGUGGCUGAGGUAGGGAAGCCAACACACUUAAAUAUGGCAUGUGCACAAGCCUCUAUGGCCAUUGUGUGAUUUUUGUACAUUUAAAAUCCAUUUCCAAACAAGUUGUAUUGUAGCCAUUUCAGUAUAUGCUGCUGUGCAUACAUGGGUGAGAAAUGCCUGCUUGCUUUUGAGCUGGGAUAUCUUGGAAGAAAAACAUGAUCACAAUAAACCUUUGGAGCUUAAAACUCUCACAGACCAAUUUCGUUUUAAACAUGCACAUCUUGAAAAUUGCUACAGAACAGCAUAGGGUUGAGAUGCAUCUGAGGUCCCUUUCAACCCCGAUUUCUAUGAUUCUAUGGAAGACAGUGGGGCAGCCCUUGAGCAGGAGGAGAUGCGGGGUUG